UGAUGUGAAGCAGUGAGAACAAGCAUAUGGGCUUCUCAAAGACCUCAUCACAGUGAGUCACAGCAAGACUAGAACAACAAUAAGGAAUAGGAAGCUCCUGGUUUAACAUCAUACAACUAUGUUUUUGUUUUAAGGGUAACUUUCCCGGGCUGAAAAUAAGAUGAAGCCCAAAUACUGAGAUCACACUGCAUACAUUCAAGAGUUGGAAACGGUCAUGUAGGAACGAGACAGUCCAUCAGCACAUUUGCUCUGAAGGGAUUUUGGAGAAAAAAACAAUGUCUGACGGAAAUGAUGAUUGUGGAUCAGCCGGCAGUGGGACAAAGGAUAAAGACACAAGUGGAUUUUCUGAGCAUGAACUCCUUGACAUCAUGUACAAUACAUGUAACACGGCCAACACAGGAGAGGUGUUGGCCUCCACUAUAAUGCAGUACCUGCAGACCAUGACGACUCAGAGUCCAGAGCAGGAUGGACUGGCUGCCCUGCGACGACUUCUUGACCCUGACUGUCAGGACCCUCACGUGAGCAGGGAGACUUACCACGCCAUCAUGAGGGAGUGGAUUGCACAAUGCAGCCAGGACAGCUGUAACGUGGACAGUAGUCAUGUAUCUUUGCCUGACUCCUCCAGAGUGCCUGUAAACACUGCCUCCUCACAAAGCCACCAGUGUUCCUGUGAUGGAAAAGAUCUUUUGGGCACAGUAGCCGACCUGAAGCACGCUCACCGCAAGCUGAGUGAGCAGAACAGCAGUCUGAUGAGGACGGUGGCACAGUGUGAAGAUGUAAACCUGCAGCUCACUCUCGAGGUCACUGAGCUGCGAACAAAACUGGCCAGCGCUCAGGGGUCGGCAGUGAGAGCCAGGUCCCUGACAGAAGAACUGGAGGAGACCCGCCGGGCGUUCAAAGAGGCUCAGGACAGAGCCAGCCGCACUCAGGCCAGCUGCAACCAACUGAGCAAGGAGGUUGAAUGCCUGAAGGUUCACAUUAGGAGGCUUGAAGACAAGAAUGAAAAACUCAGCUUUGAAAGUUCGUGUUCAGAAGAUAGCAUCAACAAACUCCGGAAGGUCAAUGCUGAGUUGAUGGCCGAACUAGAGGAAACCCUGCUUGUGUUGACGCUGAGAGAUCGAGAAAUCACAAAGAAAGACAUUCUUAUGGAUAAGAUGAAGAACUCUCAUGUGGAGAAUCACAACAUAAUUGAGGGACUGCAGUCCGAGAUGAUGAGGUUACAGGAACAUUCACACCAAGUUCUUUUGAGGUAUGACAGACACUGUAUCAGUCCUCAGAUUCUCUACAGUCGAGAUUCUCCGAACCACCGCUCUCUGCAGAGUGAGAUGCAGGAUAUGCAGCAGCAUCACAGAGGUCUGGACGACAGGAGCCUCCCGCCCCCGCAUUCAUACAAGGAUGAUAUUCAGAGCAUCAUCCACAGGAUUAAGUCUGCAGAAGUAGCUCAUCUUCUGCACAAUAAAUAUCAUGAGAGGGACUCGGCUCCUGUAGAAACACAGGAGACACCAUUUCCUUACCGCCAGCAGCAACAAGCAAGCAUCAAGCAGCAGCUUGUCAAAGUGCUGCAGGAGCUGGAGCUGCACAAGUCUGCGUGGGAGGAAAAAGGGGAGAAGGUGGAGGAGCGGUGGAUAGCCUGGGAGAAGGACAAAAAACAGAGCCAGACUCAGAUCCAGGAGGCCAAGAAAGCGGCUGUGGUGAACUGGUGGAAAGCCCGCAGUGUGGAGGCGGCUAACGUCCGGCCAAAAGGCACCGAGUCGGGCCAGGACACCCUCGAAACACAAGUUAAGCUCCAACAAGCAGAGCAGACAAUUUCUGAUAUGAGGGAGCAGGUUUGCCUCCUGCAAACCUCUCUAAGAUCUGCACAGGAGUGUGUCGCGGAGGGAAAAAACAACAGAAUUCCUAUCGACAAGGGGACCAACACUGAGAGACAAGAACCAGACAGCGCUGUGGAGAAGGAUGUGAAGGAUCAGAGGGAUGCAGCAGUGGCCACGGAUAUUACAAUUGGAGCAUCAGAGCAGCAGCAAAGCCAGCUUCGGGUGACCACAGACGGCCUCGUGGAGGACCUCAGAAGGAUGGAAGCGAUGGUCAACAGGGCCCUGGAGGCCACCGAGCUGGUGAGAGUGAACGAGCAGAGGGUGAGCCAGGUGACAGUGAGGAUGGAGAGCAUCACAGAGAGGGUGGAGGAGGCUCUGGGAAGAGCAGCCAUCACCGACGAACAACUGAGUCUUCUGGAGGUCAGGAUCACAGAAAAAGAUGAAACUCAGUCCUCAUGUCCCAGUCUGCCAGCUGGUCCAGAAACAGACGCCACAAGCUCUCCGGCUGAGGCCGAUGCAGAGCCAGAAGAAGAAAGUCUUCCUCCAUCCCCCGUCAUCCCAGAAUUUAAUGCGCCUCCACAGAUGCCUAUGAAUGGUGGAACAGGAGGAGGCAGCUGCAGCAAGCUCCUAGAGGAGGAGGAACACGUCCUGCAGGGAUCUCCUCCUGAACUAAGUGAUUGUAACUCCGAGGAGUCCUGCGCUGACCGCUGCGACGUUGAGAGACCUUUUAUUUUCCCCCACACUCGCUCACGCCCCCCACUGGUCCACACCAUGCCCACUCUGCCUGAGGAAGAGGAGGAUUCCCCCGAGGAGCUGGACACUUUCUCCGACUACCCCAGUGCUUCUACACCAGGCAAAAGUCCAGCUGUCAUGACGGCUCCCACCAUCGUCUACCCACAGCAGGCCACUAUUGUCCAACAAGAUGGACGUCCUCUGGAGCAGACCAGACCACACAGUCCCAGAGCUCGGCUGGCCAGAAACUCCACUGGAGGGCCCAUCACCACUGUCGACAGCACAGGUAAUGUGAUCGACCUGCUGACGGAUCAGCUGCCGGAGCUGCAGCUCUCCGAUGAGGAUCGACAGAAGAACCUGGAGCUGCUCCAGCAGGCCAAAAAGGUCAGCGACCGUUUCCUGACACGGCGCGGCCGCCGCUCCCUCUCCGAGUCUCCCACAGGUCCCUCGCCAACUCCAACGCCGUCAUCCUCCCCGUGUUCAUCCAGAAGCAGCUCACUGAUUGUCGCUCCUCAAAUUGGUCUCACGGAGGCAGCAAUGGUCAACUCACAGUUGGUUGGGCAGCAUCUGGAAGUUCCUCCAGUGAGAGAUCAGUCUGACUUGACGACACAGGAUCAAGAGGGCAACAGACUUUUGGUGGACUGGAGGCCCUCCGAGAAGAGGAAAGUGUCCUCCGGGACUCUAACCCCCCGUUUUGCUGUUCAGAAGGAGAACUGUGAUCCAGCCGUGCCUAGAAAUCCCGCGGCGGUCGGCAAAGCGGAUGAGGGACCUGGUCCGGGUCGAAACCCAAACCAGGCGCCAGCCACAGGCGUGGCCAAGCCCGUCCCUCGGCCCCCUACCCAACAGGCCCCCUGUACAGCGGAGAUCAAGACGAUCGGGGCCUUCCCUCCUCUCAUGAGGGCUGUUUCCUGGGAUACCGUGGGCACCCUCAACUCAAGAAACGGCGCCCCAAGUUUCCCUCCUACACCGGAGGAGACCGUCUCUGACAAGCCCAGGGAUGCUGCCUUCAAGGCCUCAGGGUACAAGGACCUCCCCACUCAGCAGGGAGGUGUACAGAAACUGUCCAAAUUCAGAGAGGAGCACAAGCUAAUGCGUAACCAAAGCGUGGCAGGUUCCAAGUUACCGGACCUUAGCGAAGCUGCCGAACAGGAAAGAGGAGCGCCGCCCUUUCCGACCUCAGCCAGCUGCGAGGAGGCAAAGGAGAAGUCCGACGCCAUGCCAAACAUUUCAGAUGUGAUGCUGAGGAAACUCAAACUCCACCGAGGUCUACCAGGCUGUGCACCCCCUCUCACUGAAAAAGAAGUUGAGAACGCAUUUGUCCAGCUGUCACUGGCAUAUCGUAAUGACAACUACACUCUUGAGAUGAGGCUGAAACAGGCAGAGAGGGAGAGGAACCUGACUGAGGAAGACACCGAGAAAGAACUGGAGGAGUUCAAAGGAGCACUGAAGAUGACUUCGCCCCAGUGGCAGAAUUUGGAGCAGCGUGAGGCCUACCAGCGCCUCAUAGAGACGGUAGCGGUGCUGCACCGGCUGGCCACGCGGCUCUCCAGCAGAUCGGAGAUCGUCGGAGCCGUCCGACAGGAGAAACGUAUGAACAAGGCCACCGAGGUCAUGAUGCAAUAUGUGGAAAAUCUGAAGAGGACGUAUGAGAAGGACCACGCAGAGCUGACGGAGUUCAAGAAGCUGGCCAACCAGAAUUCAAAUCGCUGCUACGGAGGGUCGGUAGACGCUGGAGAUGAUGGAGUUCCCCGGCCGUCAAGAUCGAUGUCUCUCACCCUGGGAAAGGCUCUGCCCAGACGCAGGGUGAGCGUAGCAGUGGUGCCUAAAUUCAACCUCCUGAACAUCCCAGGUCAGACCCCAGCCAUAGCUGGCCCCGGGCCCUGCGUGGGACCCGCAGCUGGUGCUGCUCUUCCUGUCCUGUGUGAAGCAAAUGAUGUGAAAGGGAAUGCUCCCACAGAGGCAGCACAACCAGCUGCAGAAUGUGGCAAGAGUGUGUCGGAGCAGGAAAGUGUGCCAGCCAAGCCUCCGGUUAACUUAGAAGAGAUCAGAGCCGAGAUCAGAGCCGAGCUCAAGACAAAGAUCGAAGAGGAGUCGUACAAUAAAGGCUUACAAGAGGGACUGAAGCAAAGCAAAGAACUCCAGAGGGAGAAGCAGGAAGAAGAAGACGCUGCAGGGAAAUUGCUGGAAUUAAAAGAUAAGGAUGAAGAGAGCGGAAAGAAGAGAAGAACAAGCAGGAGGAUGGAGGAAGUCCUGGUUCUUCUUGGUCGGUUUUGUCCCAAGAUUCCCAUGAGUCGACGAAUUCUCUGGAUCGCCUUGACACUGUUUGUAGUGAUGUGUCUCGUUAUCAGUAUUUUUACAUUCUUUAGUGACUACUACAAAAGGAGAGAGGACACGUAAGCGGAGACUGACUUUUGUUGGAGGUGAAAUAAAGAUCUUUGGACUGAUUGUAGAAGAACAACCAAAGAACCCGAGUACAGAAUAGCUGAGCCAGUUGUCCUUUGUCUCUGCCAGUUUACCACAUGACAACGCUCAGACUCACUUGAAUCCAUGACCCUGACGCUUGAGGGCCAAAGACGUUUUGGGAGGCUUAAUAUAAUAAGAUAAUGUUGCUUUUGUUAUAGUUAACAGUUCAUUUGUAUUAACUUAUCAUUGUUUUUAGAUUGACAAAUUAACUGAUUGUUUGCUGCAGCAAGAAAGAAAUUCUGUUUAGGAACCAAUUAUAUAGUGCAAUGUAAUGCAUACGUUUGGGUACUUUUUGAUGAUAAGUAUGGCAUUUUUUGUUAAAUGCUACAAAAGUGUAUAUUUUAAACACUAAUGUUAAUUAAUAAUUACGAUUUAUCAGGUCUAAUUGAUAGUAAAGCCCCAUUUGAGAUUUCUUCUAAUAUUUAAAGAUAUACAAUAUGAAAGAAUGUUCUGUUCAUUUCUAUAAUGUGUAUUUAAAUACUUUCAAAUAUAAGUGCAAUCUUUUGUGGUUGAUUGUUAAUGUGUGUCCUAUUGUCUUCACAGCACUGAGAGACUUCUUCUUUAUGAGAGCACUGAUUAGAUCUUCUUUGCACAUGUGUGCCACCCUUGGUUAUUAAUUUUUUGUGAAUUUCAGGACCUCCCACCCCACCUUUUAAAUAAAGGUGCCUUAAAAGAU